AUGUGUAUUUAUUUCAAGUAUGUAUUUUCAACAAUCUUGUUGUAUGCAUUUUUUACAACAAUGGUUAUUAGUGAAGUAAUAGAACAAAUGAAAUUAAUGAAUCCUUUAUUUAAAAAUACAUUUAAAGAAAUCAUUUUCUGUGGCAGUUUUUAUAAAGGAACAAAAGUAGGCCAUCCUAAUGAAUUUGACUUAAAUAUAGUUAUGGAACUUCCUGUUAUUGUUAAUCAAAUAAUUUAUAAUGCCACACAAGCAGCUUAUGUUCAAAUAAAAGUAGAAGAUAAUUUAUUCUUAUUUGAUAAAAAGAUAUAUCAUGAUUUUCCAGAUAAAUCCAAAAGGUUGCUCAAAAAAUUUAUUACAAAAAGCCUUUUAAAUCCAGAUAAAUUUCGUGAAUGGAUCGAAGGAAUUAUCAGUAAAGUUAUUAGUGAAUUAUCAACAUGUUCUUGUGAAGAGAAUAAUUAUUUUGCUAAUAUUAGACUUAAAAAAAGUGGUCCAGCAUUUACUUUAAUAAUAGACAUUCCAGAAGUAUAUGAUAUUAUAUAUGUUGAUUUGGCUCCUGUAUUAGCUUUUAAUAUAUCUUUAUUUGAGGGAUGUUUAAAAAAAUUAGAUCAACUUCAAGAGUAUCGAAGUAAAAUAUGGUAUGCAGUUCCAUUACCUUUUAAGGGAACAAAUGAAAGAUUAUUUUGGAGAAUGUCAUUCUGCAAUCAAGAAAAAGAACUUCUUUCAAAGUAUGGCCGAAUGAAACCUGUUAUAAGGCAAAUGAAGAAGUUAAGGGAUGUUCAAAACUGGAAAAGUAUAGCAAGUUACUAUAUUGAAACAUUAUUCUUGAACAAAUUGAACGAAUUAAGUUAUAAUUUAAACAGAAUACCUUUGACAUUAUUUUUUUAUAUGAUGCUUAAAGAACUAUAUCGUGCUUGUGCAUGUCAUGAAAUAACAUUUUUUUGGGAUGAAACGUAUAAUUUAUUAGAAAAAAUUUCAAUGAUUGAGAUGGUUAAUAUUUCUUCACUAACAAGAAAUGAAUUGACAUUGUUAAUUGAUGUAUUUACUAGUAAUAUUGACAACUCUUCAAGUGAAGAAGAUACAGAAAACUUGCAGCAGAGUUGGAGUUGUGUAGUGUUGUAA